CCCUAAUCAAAAAAAUAUUGUUUCUAGAACAACUCACGAGUUCCUAUUUGGAGCUAUUGCCGAACUUAUCGACAAUUCUCGGGAUGCAGGUGCCACUGAACUGGAUAUUUUUACAGGCAUUUCUUGUUAUAUACAAUUUUGCUCAGACGAAGCAAGAAACGUUAUUGUUUUUGGUAAAUCGUUUAAGAGGGCUUCCGAUGGUUCCUCCAUUGGCAUGUAUGGCAAUGGGCUCAAAUCAGGUUCCAUGCGCAUUGGGAAUGAUAUGAUACUCUUCACAAAAAGAGAUUCCAUAUGUAGCUGUGUUUUCUUGUCCCGUACGUUCCACGAGACGGAAAAGCUUGAUGAAGUUAUUGUCCCCUUGCCUACUUUUCGGGCUGAUGAUAAAUCUCCUAACAUUAUAACGCCGGAGGAUCAAAACAAACAUGACACUGAAAUGCAGAUUAUUCUCAAAUACUCACCUUUCCGCUGUAUCAAGGAUUUCUUUUACCAAUUCGACAGAAUCAAAGGUGAAAGCGGUACAUUGGUCAUCAUUUACAACAUGAAAUUACUGGAUAACGGUUCUGCAGAAUUAGACAUUACCACAGACGCACCUAGUUCUGACAAAGAUGAUCUAAUGGAACCUCACAAACGUAGUCUCCGAGCUUAUGUGUCGAUCCUUUAUGCAGAUCCAAGGAUGAAGGUGCAUAUUCAGUGCAGAAAAGUCCAAACGAAACGACUUCUUGAUACUCUUUACGCCGUGAAGCGGUACAAUUUUGCCAGCAAAACGUUCCGCACACGGGCCGAACGCGACCUCGCAAAAGCCAAAAACGACGUCAAAGUUGGUAAGCAACUCAUACAUUGCUUUCUACAGGAUGUUCAGUUUUAUAUUUUCAUCGUAGACAUCUAUGGCUAUGCUCAUUUGCGUAUGUUGCCGAAUUCUCUAGUCCCGCAUAGACCUUAUGGAAAAUUUAUGCGCUUAAAUUAA